GUGUCAAAGCUUUUCCUUAUCAGGAACACAGAGGGACAUAGCUCAGAGAACCUGCCGUAAUUGAGCUGUGCCCAUAAUGGCACUAAGUAUAGCAUGGACCCUUCUCCUGGCUACUGGGGUCACUCUCCUGAUUUACCUUGUUAAAUGGUGGAAUAAGAUAUCGCAGAAGAACCUGCCCCCGGGGCCAACGCCUCUGCCCCUGCUGGGGAAUAUCAUGCAGAUCAGCACCACAGAAUUCCCACAGUCUUUGGUUAAGCUAAGUGAGAAGUACGGACCUGUAUACAACCUCUACUUCGGCAACAGUCCUGCAGUCAUGCUGAUUGGCUACGAUGCUGUGAAGGAGGCGCUUGUUGACCGCAGUGAUGCAUUUAGUGACAGAGGGGCAAUGGAAUUUAUGGAUUUGAUCUUUAAGGAUUACGGGAUCAUCAUGAGCAAUGGGGAAAGGUGGAAGACAAUGCGUCGCUUCUCUCUCAUGACUAUGAGAUAUUUUGGAAUGGGAAAGAGAAGCAUUGAGGAGAGGAUCCAGGAGGAGGCCCAGUGUCUUGCAGAGACAUUAAUGAAGAAUAAAGGCACUCCAUUUGACCCUGAAUAUAUACUGAUACAGGCUGUAUCCAAUGUUAUUUGCUCCGUUGUAUUUGGUGAGAGAUUUGACUAUGAGGACAAGAAAUUCAUAACCCUCCUGUCAUACAUUAUAGACGUUGCCCUUCUAUUAAACACUACCUCGGUUCAGCUUCUUAGUAUAUUCCCAACCUUGCUGAAACAUGUCCCAGGCCCUCACCAGAAACUUUUCCUAACUUUCAAAAAUCUGGAGGACUUUAUAAAGGACAUAGUGAGGUCUCACCAAAACACACUGGAUAUGGACUGCCCACGAGACUACAUAGACUGUUUCCUCAUAAGGAUGGAAGAGGAAAAAAAGAACCCAAACACCGAAUUUCAUGAUGAAAACUUAAAGGCGACAGUAAUUGACCUGUUUUUUGCUGGGACUGAAACUACAAGUUUGACACUAAGAUAUGGAUUCCUGAUUCUGCUCAAAUUCCCUGAGAUACAAGAGAAGUUACAUAAGGAAAUAGACAAUGUAAUAGGCAGUGAUCGCUGCCCAACAAUGGAGGACAGGAUUAAGAUGCCGUACACAGAUGCUGUUAUACAUGAGAUCCAGAGAUUUGCUGAUAUUGUCCCUGCGGGACUGGCUCAUGGAACCAGUAAGGACACAACAUUCAGGGGAUAUCAUAUUCCAAAGGGAACAAUGGUGUUUCCAGUCCUGACCUCUGUCCUGAAAGACCCCAAACAGUUUAAGAACCCAAACAAGUUUGAUCCUGGACACUUUCUUGAUGAGAAUGGUGGCUUUAAGAAGAAUGAUGCAUUCAUGCCAUUUUCUGCAGGGAAACGCAUAUGUUUGGGGGAGGGUCUGGCUCGGAUGGAACUCUUCCUCUUCCUCACCACCAUACUGCAAAAAUUUACAUUGAAGACCACAGUGGACAACAAUAAUAUAAGCAUAACGGCAGAACCAAAGACCAAUGGUUCCCGACCUAGGCCCUAUGAGAUGUUUGUUGUCCCUCGCUGAACAAGUGUUUACUGUAUAUUUCAUCCAGUGACACAAAGGGUAUACCCAGGACAACACAAACAAAUAACUGAGUGUACUUUCAGAAUAAUGUUCUUUUUUUUAAACAUUACAUUUUUAUUGAAAUUAUCAAAAGUAAAUGGGAAUACAGAAAAAAGAAAAGGGGAAACAGUAGGGUAGCCAGGUACUUUGUUUACAUAGAAGGCAAAAGCCCAUGAACGCCCUUCACAAGGGAGUCAGACAGAAAUGUAAAAUUGACCAUACGAUUAGAUAUUAGACAAAGAUGGCAAGAAUCAGAUUGAGGAGAACAUACUGUAGGAUAGAAAGGUCUACUGGAAUACUGUAUAAUGUUGAAUGACCCAUCUCUUCCCUGUACUCACUCCAGUUGUACCACUUCAAAUGUAUAGCGGAAGGGGAGGAGAAGUAUUUAGUCAAGAAUAAUAAAGUUCUUAAUACUAUAGUAUAACGACAACAUUUUCUGUUCCAAAUUGUAUGAGCACAUAUUACUUUUAAAGCUGAAUAACCUAAUAAAUAAAAAAUA